CAGGCUGAUUUGAUUGCGGAAGUGACCACUUUGCAAACUGACGGGGAUUUUUAAUGCAAAACAAAAGCUUUCCAGCAAAUUAUACAGCACCAAAAAAAAAUCUAAAAUCGACGACAACUCAUACUGAAAAGAGAAUAGAGUUGAAUAACGUUGUAACAACGCGCACUGAAAGGAGUUGACAAGCAAGUCUUUUUGCUGGAGCCGGGGUUAGCUUGUUGUGACGUGCUUCUUCCUUCUUGCAGAUGCUAUCGUCUUGACAAUCAAGCAUUGCUUGAAAAAUCGCCAUAUACGGUUUUUGACACUUUGACCGCUGGUCAGGUGUAAUGCAGCCUGUUACAGGGUGUCAGGACCCCUGCCAGAGUGGCUCAGGGGAAAGGGGCGGUGACACCCAGGUCUCCAUCCCACCUAAAGACACCCCUGGCUCCCCCGCAGGGUCACACUCAGAGCUGGGCUCCUCGAGCCCUAGGGCGGCUGUGACCUUCGACCUAUUUAACAUGGUGGUGUCAUACAGGAGGAUGGCCUUGUUUCUGGAGCCUCUCACCGAUGCCCUGGAGCUGGCCCGCUACCUACUGGGUUGGAGGAUGCCGCUCUUCUCUUUGCUGGUCUGUCUAAUUCUUAACAUCCUGUUCCUCACUCUGAGUGAAGUGGGGUGGUUCUCUGUGUGUGUCGUGGGCGUGUCUGCCCCGGCUGCCCUGGGUUACCUGCAGGACAGGUGUGGGGGCGGGGCGUCGGAGGUGGAGCAGCAGAAGAGGUGGCGCCACACGGUGCAGCGCAGGGACCUGCAGAACUUUCACCUGACCAGGCAGGACGCCAUGAUGGAAGUCAAACACCUGUUGAAGCAGCUAGAUGAUCUAUUAUCCCAGGCCUGUCUCUCUGCUGAGUCAGUCUACAAGGUCCUCUACUGGGACAGCCACUCCACAUCCUCCAGGUUCUAUGGGGGUAUGCUAACAGUGUUGAUCCUGCUACAUUAUGUUCCUGUGGGCUGGUUGCUGGCUGGCCUCACCAGCACCCUCUUCCUCUGGAACAGACAUUUCUGCAGAGUUGUGUUGGACCUCAGAGAGGUGUUCCAGUCGAGCCGGAUCCCAUCCUCAGAGGGAGAGGGGGACCACACAGAACCAGAACACGGCUGUCUGGACCGGACUCCCACUCCUACCAGCCUGGAGGACCUGUCCCCUGGCAGUGUAGAAGAAGCUGAGGAGGCGGAGCCUGAUGAUGAGUUUAAAGAUGCCAUUGAGGAGUCGACUCAGGAACCCCCUGUCUCCCCGCAGGAGAUCCCCCUGACCUUAUCGGUGAGGUCUUUAUCUGGCUGGCUGCCGGCUCUUCUGCGGAGACAGGUGGAGUGUCGUCUGAGGGCAGCGCUGAAGGAGGACGAUGACGUUCCCCUGGGGACUCCGGACUUCGACGCCGUCUCCAUCACCUCCGACAACGGUCUGCUGAGCCGCAACGAGCCAAUCCGCAGCAAGGUGUCCAAGCUGACGGAGAAGUUACGCAAACGCUACCCCACCAACAAUACCGGCAACUGUUCCAGCUGUGCUUCAGUUUUCUCGGUGGUGAAGAGGAGGAGGAGCUGCAGUAACUGCGGCAACAGCUUCUGCUCCCGAUGUUGCUCCUACAAGGUCCUCAAGUCCUGCAUGGGCGCUACUGCUCCCGAGGCCCAGAGAGAGACUGUUUUUGUGUGUGCUGCCUGCAACACCGCCCUCAGCAAGUGAGACGGAUGACCGGCCCUUUUACCUGGGAUUUGGAGGCCCUCGGCGGGUAGAGUUACAGCAGACCAGCCUCUAGCUCCCGGAGGUGGUCCUGGACACCUGGUUAACUGCUUCCCUGGCUACAGCCCAGAUCACCUGGUUAUUAAGACAAACCCCAUUUCAGGUGGCACCCUAAUCCAUAUAUAGCACUGCUCUGCUUUUGACCAGGUCUCUGGUGGCUCAGAAGCCCGUGGGCUGUAUUGGGAAUACGGUAGAAUCUGGGCCAGAGCCUCAUCCUCCCAUUAGCUGGUGUUAAAGAAGAGAAGAAGGCUUGCCAGCAUUGACAUUUAUCACGCACUGACUAUCUGUCAUAAGGAGUGUGCUGAGAGUGUGUGUGUGUGUGUGUGUGUGCGGGGUGGGGGGUGGGGGGGGGGGUUAUAGACCAAGGCUGAGCCCCUACUGUCCAUACUCUUCUAUGGACCCACACUCCCCUGGCUCCCUUCCUUCUGAGAUCGUACCCCUGCUACAGGCCGUUCAGCUGGACACUGAAUAUUGUUGAUAUUUACGAAAAGAACACUGUACUAUUACUGUAAAGUCAAAAGGUCUGUUAAUACUGUUGUAAUGACAGUGGUUUUAUGAAGUGGUCCUCGUCGUAAUGUGCUGGCUGUCUGAACGGUACACUAAGACUGCGUUCCAUGGCGCCUCGUUCCACGUGUCGUCCUCUAGUGUUGAUCGUGGCCCACAGCGUUAGGUCUAUAGUAGCGUGCGAGGGAUUAGGGCUCUGGUCUAGAGAAGUGUGCUGUAAAGGGAAUAGAGUGCCGUUUGGAAUGCGGCCCGGUGGACUGUAACCUAACCCCAAAGCGUAAAGUCGCCGGAUUUUGAACGAGACAUUCAGACACAAGAAUGUAAACGCUUGGAUGCUUUUACUGUUGCGAUCAUGGAAUAAUGUUACUGUAAAAAAAAAAAAACAUCUAAAAAGAACUACUGUACCAUACCUUUAUUUAAAGCUCUUGAGAGUGUAUAUUUGUUUUAUUUUAUUAAUUGUUUAUUAAUUGGUUUAUUAUGAAUUUGACUGGAUGGACGGUUUGACUGGAUGUACCCUUUAAUCAUUGCUUCAAUAAACUGCUGUAAUGAUAAAACAUCUUUUAAAUUAA